GUGUGUGUGUAUGUGCGUGUAUGCAUGUGGUAUCCAUCAGGACACGCCUUCCUUUUACAGUUCUGAUUUUUUUUUUGCAAACUUCGGUUUAGUCGGCCUCGAGAUUUCAUCUGCGCUGCCUGCUCCCACGAACACAGAGACCAUGACUGAGGAAACGCCAGCAGGGACUCCUGCAGGAGACUCUGGGCCAGAUGAAGGGGCCCCCCCUCCUCAGGGGGGGGAUCAGCCGAGGGGGAAGUGGGGCAACAAAAUGGAGUUCAUCUUCUCCAUGGCUGGGGAAAUUAUUGGCCUUGGGAAUGUUUGGCGUUUCCCUUUUCUGUGCUAUAAAAACGGAGGAGGUAUCUUCUUCAUCCCUUACUUUGUGUUCCUCUUCUUCUGUGGCAUCCCCGUCUUCUUCCUGGAGACGGCGUUGGGCCAGUACACCAGCGAGGGCGGGGUGACCGCCUGGAGGAAGAUAUGCCCCAUGUUCCAGGGGGUGGGCAUUGCUUCCCAGGUGAUUGUGGCCUAUCUGAACAUCUACUACAUCGUGGUGUUGGCCUGGGCCAUCUUCUACCUGUAUAACUCCUUCAAAAGUCCCUUGCCCUGGUCUACGUGUGACAAUUGGUGGAACACUGAGCGAUGUCACAGCCGCUCCGGCGUCUUCGCCAACCCGCAUUUGUUUGGACCUGGCUCCAACUGGUCCUUCCUCAACAACGUCUCUGACGAUCUUCACGGCGCCGCCGACACGGAUCAAGGGCAAUACUCGCGUGGCAGGUCAUCGGAAGAGGAGUUCUGGCUGUUCCGUGUGUUGAGGAUGACAGGUGACAUGUCCCUGGGGCGGGUCAACUGGGACCUGGCACUGUGUCUCCUGCUUGCCUGGAUUGUUUGUUACUUCUGCAUCUUUAAGGGAAUUAAAUGGACAGGGAAGGUGGUGUACUUCACUGCUACAUUCCCCUACCUCAUGCUGUUCAUCCUCUUCAUCCGGGGAGUGACGCUCCCAGGAGCCGGGGACGGACUCAGAUAUUACCUCACGCCUGACCUAAGCAGGAUUUAUGAUCCACAUGUAUGGCAUGACGCAGGGACCCAGGUGUUCUUCUCCUACGCCGUGUGUCAGGGAGUACUGACCGCCCUGGGCAGCUACAACAAGUACAACAACAACUGCUAUCGGGAUUGCAUGGCACUGUGUUGCCUGAACAGCGCCACCAGUAUCUUUGCUGGUUUCGUGGUGUUCUCGGUGCUGGGAUUCAUGGCUCAGGACAUGGGCAUGUCCAUGGAGGAUGUCGUUUCUUCCGGUCCCGGUCUGAUCUUCUUGACGUACCCGAGGGCUCUGUCCUUGCUGCCCGGCUCCUCCUUCUGGUCUGUGCUCUUCUUCCUCAUGAUCCUCUUCCUGGGCCUGGACAGUCAGUUUGUGUGCGUGGAGAGCAUGGCCACGGCCCUCACGGACCUGUUCCCGCAUCGCCUCAGGAGGCCGGGCCGCAGAGAGCUGCUGACCCUGGUCAUAGCCGUUGUGUGUUUUCUGUUGGGGCUGACGCUCAUCACCGAGGGAGGGAUAGUCGUCUUCCAGCUCAUUGACUACUAUGGUGCUAGUGGAAUCACUCUACUCUUUAUAGCCUGUUUUGAGACCAUUGUCAUUGGAUGGGUGUAUGGUGCGGACCGUUUCUAUGACAACAUUGAGGACAUGAUUGGGUACCGACCGUCCCCCGUGCUGAAGUACUGCUGGUUGUUCAUCACGCCCCUCGUCUGUGGGGUCACAUUGAUGUAUGAAGUUAUAAAUUCCCACCGCCUCACCGUGUAUGACCACGUGAUCAGUAACUGGGGCGCAGUUUUGGGCUCCCUCCUUAUCCUCGCUCCACUCAUCUGCAUCCCGGUAUUCGUGCUGGUGUCACUGUGUAAGAACCCUCUCAACAUGAGCACCCCGUCGGGGGAUCUGCGGCAGGCUCGGCCGAACAGGCCGCUGCUCACGCUGUGCGGACGCGUCAUCUUCGAGGGGCACGCGGCGGAGAACAAAGACGGCGUGAUGAUGGUGGAACCCGGCGAGGUUUGAUGGCGACGACGUUGCGGCGCAUGAAGGUCACCAUUCGGACACAACUACAAGUGUUUACACGUUACACAUAUUCAGGGACAGUUGUGCGUUUUUUCAUGUUGUGCUGUUUUUCUUGGUACAUUAGUAUUGACCUUUUUUCUAAAUGAUGAAUAAUAAUGCAAAAGUCCCACAAAAAUGUAUAUUUUUAUAAACACCAUUUAGCCUAUACUGUAAGUGGCUUAAAAAUGUCUUUGUUCACAGAUUCAGUCUCCUCAAGAAGACCUUCUAGCAGACUUUGAUGUGUAAAAAAAGAUGGUUUUCCCCUUUAAAAACCCGCAGCUGGAGCAUUGGAAUCAGUGCCGUGUUUUACCCGCGGUUGCAAAUUUUAGAAGCAUUUUGUCUGAUGCAGUUAAACCUCUGACAUCCUACAUCGUUGAUCUAAUCCAGUGGUUCUCAACUGGUCUGGCUCCGGGACCCACCAUCACCACUUAAUGACGAGCCGCGACCCAAAUCUCAACUUCUCAAAUUUAUUCAAAAUCAAAUUCAUAAGCUGAAUUUUAUAUUUUAUAUUCAGAAUGUUUAAUUAAAGGCCCACCGGGUCCCGACCCACCAGUUGAGAAUCACUGAUAUAAUCAAUGCAAAAUACAAUUAUUUUUCUCUCCAAUGGUGCUUUCAUGUCCAUUGCGGGUGUGGACACUGCUCGGUUUACUUUAGGAUGCAUCUAUAAAGUCAUGAUAUAAGUCACAUUAGCAAUGGACCUCAUUAAUCUCAUUAAACAUAUCCCCAUGCUUAA